CGGGUCGAUACAUCCAUCGGCGUUUACACCGGACCUAACAUACUAAGUGGUAACAAUAGCACAAAAAGAGUCAUUCGCAUCCUUGUUUCUCCAUUCCUAUUGCCCGUCUUUGCCUGUUGCGCGCGUCAAAGGACCUGCCCGAAAUUCAGUCACAACCAUCACAACUCUAGAUCACAGUUGCCGCGAACAGUCACAAUGGCGACUAACAUCACCUGGCAUCCGUCGCUUUCGCGACAUGAACGCAACCAGUUGCGUGGCCAGCGUGGUUUCACCAUCUGGUUCACAGGCUUGUCCGCAUCGGGAAAGUCGACGGUCGCAACCGCUCUUGAGCAGCAUCUCUUGCACAUCGGCCUGGCCGCUUACCGGCUGGAUGGUGACAAUGUGCGUUUCGGGCUGAAUAAGGAUCUUGGCUUCUCGGAAAAGGACCGCAAUGAGAACAUUCGGCGCAUCGCAGAGGUAGCCAAGCUUUUUGCCGACUCUGCCACAAUUGCCCUGACCUCGUUUAUUUCUCCUUACCGCGCCGACCGUCAGAUCGCGCGUGACCUCCACGCAAAUGCGACACAGGCUGGAGAUGACGUGCUUCCAUUCAUCGAAGUAUUCGUUGACGUUCCUCUUGCUGAGGCCGAAAAGAGAGAUCCCAAGGGGCUGUACAAGAAGGCCCGCGCUGGGGAAAUCAAGGACUUCACUGGCAUUUCGGCGCCCUACGAGGCACCAGAGUCGCCUGAAAUUACCAUCAGGACAGACCUUCUAAGCGUGGAGGAGUGCGUCAAGAAGAUUGUAGAUUACCUGGCCGAGGCUGGUCUCAUCAGCGGAACUAAGGAGACAAGAUAAGCUUGAACUGAACGAGGACACAAUCACCCCACACCUGGGGACCCGUUUCAGUGUGCGUGAAAGCUGAAUGAAGUCAUUAACCGAAACCACGAGUGGAUGUGCUGUCCUUGUCGGGCGCUCUCAAGGGGAGAAUACCUAUCUAGUAAUGCCUACUGUUGACAACGUAUAUGACACAUGGUGCGUGAGAAUCACGCCCAAGUGCGCACAUUUUACCAUUCGCCGCCGCCGUCGUUGCUGUCGCCGCCACCGCACGGUUCUGAACUAAAACCUACCCAUCAAGGAAAUUCAAAUUCAUAAUACACAUAAGCCGUG